CCCCCCCCCUCCUCCGGUCCUCCCACAGAAGCCUCCGAUCGAGCUCGCGGCCAUGGCGUCAGCGGCGAGCAAGUCACUCGUCGUUCCCGUCUGCGUCGUCACGCUCCUGUUCCUAGUCUCCGUCGUGGAAUGCUACGACGGCCGCCAUGUUGUUGAGAGCUCGGCCGUGGCGCGCCGCUCCCGCCUGGGGACCAAGCACGUGCACCACGGCCGGACUGCGGUGCCGCACCGGUACGUGCUCGCGGAGAAGAGCAACGGGACCGGAGGUGUCGCCGGUUCCAAGAACCGCAGCUUGCCGGUGACCGCCACCUCGUCACCGACUCUCGCCCCUCCGGCCGAGCAGGGCCGGCACCACCGCAGCCACAAGCACCGGGUGCGCAACUGGGUGAUCGGCUUCGUGGUUGGGUCCCUCGCCGGCUUCAUCUUGGGGUUGGUGCUCUCCGUGCUGUUUCGUAUGGCACUGAACUGCAUCCGCGGGCUGUUCCAAACGCGGUCUGGAGCCAUGAUCUUCACCCCGAAGCUGAUCAAGCGUGCCGAGCACCUGGCGUUCCUCGAGAAGGAGGACGGGCUGGCCUCGCUGCCCGUGAUCGGUCGUGGCGGGUGCGGCGAGGUGUACAAGGCGCAGCUCCCCGUGGAGCGUGAAGGGGAGGAGCCCAGGUUCAUCGCUAUCAAGAAGAUCAAGAAGCAAUCCGUCGACACGCCGAACAACUUGAGCGACGAGGAGAGCCGGCAGCUGGACAAGUGGUCGCGGCAGAUACAGUCGGAGAUCCGCACGGUGGGGCACAUGCGUCACCGUAAUCUGCUACCUCUGGCAGCGCACGUGCCGCGGCCCAACUGCCACUACCUCGUCUACCAGUACAUGAAGAAUGGAAGCUUGCACAACGCGCUCAAGGCCGAUGGCGAUGGCGGCAGCACCGUGCUGCCAUGGCCGGUGCGCCUCCGCGUGGCGGCCGGCGUGGCGGCCGGGCUGGAGUACCUGCACGUCUCGCACCGGCCGCAGAUCAUCCACCGCGACCUGAAGCCGGCCAACAUCCUGCUCGACGACGACAUGGAGCCCCGCAUCGCGGACUUUGGACUGGCCAAGGCUAUGCCGGACGCGCACACGCACGUGACCGCGUCCAACCUGGCGGGUACGUGGGGUUACAUCGCGCCGGAGUACCACCAGACGCUCAAGUUCACGGCCAAGUGCGACGUGUACAGCUUCGGCGUGAUCCUGGCGGUGCUGGCGACGGGGAAGGAGCCAUCGGACGAGUUCUUCACGCAGGUGGAAGAGGUCGGGCUCGUCAAGUGGCUGCGCCGCGUGAUGCGGUCGGGGGACCACGCGGAGGCCAUCGACCCAGCCAUCGCCGGCGACGGGUACGAGGAGCAGAUCCUGCUGGUGCUGCGCAUCGCCGUCUUAUGCACCGUCGACGACCCCAAGGAGCGGCCCACAGCCAAGGACGUCCGGUGCAUGGUGUCACAGAUUUUUUUUUGCCGAAACCGGGCAGGAGAUCUGCCGAUUUUAGAUUAAGAGGAAGGGCCCAAAGCCGGUUACAAAAGAUUAAAAAAAUAAAAGGCACCCAGUCACAGAUCAAGAACUAGUCGGCUCUGCUGCUGCUGCAUGAUCGGUAAACAAAGACUUUAUUAUGUAUGUGGAAUAUCGCUAGUGCCGGAUCAAUUGGGCACAUCAACUGUCAGGUGGGGCCAAUUGAUUAGGACUGGUAUUUAUAUCAGGAAGGUAGGAAUUUAGAAAAGACUAGCUAAGUGUCCGUAUAUUGCAAUGAAAAUAUAAAUAUUAGAUGUGAUAAUAUACAGCAUAAACUUAAUGUAUGGAGA